UGACAUCUUUCCUGCCAACUUCAACACAGACUAAGGAUGUUGGUUCACUCGAUAUGUCUACUGAGCCACUAAGACAUAGACAUCAUGUGCUAUCUGAGACAAGACCAGCUACCUUAGGCCAUCGAAACCAACAAUUUGAAGCCGGCAUUGCAAGGAACGUGGCUACAGUGACCGAGGAUAUUUGUGACGCUAUGGAAGAAGACGAUUGGACACAUCCCCAUCCGAAUGCAGAGCUCCACAACAAUGGUAAUUACUACCAAUUUUAAAUGAAUAUUGCACGACAACGAUAGCAUGUAGUCCGACUAAACGUGUGAGUGCAGGCAUGGUUGAACAAGGAGUGGACCAUACACAUACGAAGCCAAAGUUCAUUUCCAAUGGUGAUGAUGAUGAGGGUGUCAUAUUCGAAGAGGAUGAGGAUGAUGAUGAGAACGAUGGAUACCUAUUCGCUGGGCAAUAUGAUGAGAUCGACGAGGACAUCGAGAUCGAUGGUACUCAAGAUGAAUCUACUGCCACUGAUUUGCCUGACCCGUAUGACAAAGUGUACAGUAACGUGCCUGAAGAAACACAUAUGCUGAAGUCAGUUCCCAACUGCGGUUAUUGCACUGCGAAGAAGUUUGAGUAUGAGCCACCUGGGUUUUGUUGUCGUGGUGGGAAGGUUGAGCUAGCCCCACUGGAGACCCCUCCCCAGCUCCGGAGGUUGUGGGAUAGUACAGACUCUGAUGCUAGACACUUUCGUGAUAACAUUAGGUUUUUUAAUGGCCAUUUCUCUUUCACUUCACUGUAUUGUUGCCUCGAUAGUAUGACAACUAAUGUGAGAGAUUCUGGUAUAUACACGUUCCGGGCACAAGGCAUGAUGUACCACAAUAUCAAGUCAUUUGGUAGGGAAGGUGGGGCGGAGCAUAAACACCUUGAGCUUUACUUUUACGAUGAUGAUCCCAAUCUCGAGCAUCGGUACCGUAAGUGCCGCGAAGAAUGUCAACAGAAAGACAAAGAUGUUAUUAAACAAUUAGUUGGCAUACUCCGUGAAAACCCGUACUCUGAGCACCUUAGGAGCAUGGGCCAUGUUGAGAACCUUGAUGACUAUCGUAUCACAUUGAACCUUGACCAAACGUUGAACCAGAAGACAUAUAACACGCCUCUCACUUCAGAGGUCGCUGCUGUCUAG